UGAGUCAGGAGCAGGUGGGCUGAGUGAGCUGAUUCUCCCACCCCACUUCACCCCACUCCCCUACCCUUGCACCUUUACAGCUCCCAUAGCCAGGCUCUGUUGGGCUAGCUUUGCUCCUGGUCUGGAUUUUAGUCUGGAAUUUGUCCCUUUUUGCACAGAUUCCCCCCACCUUUCUAUUCCUGUGCCAAGCUGAAGCAGCUGGUGUGGUUGUCCUGUCUUGAUAGAAGCUGGAAGCACCCUGGGAUCCUUUUGCUGGUGCCCGCAGUCAGCUCUCCCUCUCAAGUGAGGAGAAGCAUGACUGCAGGUUUUCCCUAAUUCUUCUGCUGGCCAGCCCCACCUUGUACCUCUUACCUGCUCCCUCCCAACAUUCACCUAUCAUGGCUAUGCCCUACCCUUUCACCAGCCUCCUCCUUCUCCUUGUUGUGCCCCUUUCCCAGGCUGCAAACCAGUCCCCACUGCCCCUUGCCUCCCUGCCCGCUGUCCCCACCCUGCCCCUCCUGCAGGCCCUGCAAACCCGGGCUCCAGGCAGCCCAGGCUGGCAGGUGGGGCCAGCCAGUGGACAGCCCCUGCGCUACAUGCUGAAUCUGUACCGGCGUGCUGCUGACCGUGAAGGCCGGCCCCGCCGCAGCCGCAGCCUGGGCACCAACACCAUCCGCCUGAUCCAGGCCAGUUCCCACGGGGGUCAGCCCUGGGCAGGUCGCUGGUACUUGCAGGCCCUCACCUACCACAUGGAGGGCCAGCCAGAGGUCGAGCACCUCCUCAGAGCUACUGUGGUCUACCUGCCCAGUCUGUCACUGGCCCACGGUCGCCUUCUCUGUGCUCUGGAGCUGGUGAUGGCUGGUGAGGCACCCAGGGUGCUGCUCAGCCCUACUGCCCGUCCCCGCCAUGGCUGGGCUGAAGUUGACGUCACGCCUUAUCUGGUGCUGGGAAACAGCAGCGCGGGGAGCCUGGCACUGCGGCAUGUCUGCGUGCGUGCUGGCCGAGCAGGAGGUCACGAUGCCCCUGUGGCCCCUGGCCACCCUUUCCUCCUUCUCUACCUUAAUGAUACCCAGGCAGGGUUGGCACCUCUGGCAGCAGAGCCCCACCGACACCGACGCGAUACAGGGACAUUGGCUCAUGACCUGCCCAAGUACCUGCAGGACCAGGGAGGGGAGAAGAGUGACUGUUCCCUCCGCCCCUUCCCUGUCAGUUUUGCACAGCUGGGCUGGGACCACUGGAUCAUUGCUCCUCACCGCUAUAACCCACGCUACUGCAAGGGCACCUGUCCCCACCUGCUCCGCUAUGACUUCCACGCACCCAACCAUGCUGUGGUGCAGGGUUUUGUUCAUCAGCUGGUGGAUGCCAAUGUGCCCCGGCCCUCCUGUGUGCCCUAUCGCUACAGCCCCAUCAGUGUCCUCAUGAUUGAGCGCAAUGGAGGCAUACUGUACAAGGAGUACGAGAAUAUGAUUGCAGAGUCCUGCACUUGCCGGUAAUUUCCACUGCUCCAGCACAUCACCCCUGGGCUCUGCCUCUUCCUGCAGAUCUGGACUUUAGGGUUUAUCUUGCUCUGCCUGGGGCUCACUUGGCUCAUCUCCCCUCCCCAUGCAGUGCUGCUCAGUGGGGAGGUUUUACAAUGACAGUUUUAUGUAAAUUGUGGGUUUUUAAAGGCAGGAACCUGUGUUGGGGUGGUUGCCCUAUGGCAUCUGUCCUUCCUGCAGCCCCCAUGGCUGCUGCCUGGUUUUGGUGGGCAGGGGGGCUUGGCCUGAUGUUCUCAGAUAUGAGGUGUGUCCCUAAACUGGAGUACAAAGCUCUUAGGAGAUGGCUGGGAGUCUCCUGGUGGAGCGAGGGCAGGGAGGGAGGAAGUCCAGGUGUCUCUGUGUUUUGCAUCUGACAUGUUGGUGGUGUCAGGAUCUGAUGUGACCCUGCCCUGUGGCAUUCCUUCCCAACUCACAUGCACCCCAUCCCUAUCUAGUUUCAACUGCAGAGGCAUCUCACCAGGCUGAGAACUUGGGCUGGAGGGAGGAAGCCUCUCUCCUCCCCCGGAUUUCUGCUCUGGAAGGGCUAUGAAAAACUGGAGGGACCUGAGCUGCCAUCUCUGC